UAGCGAUUUGCUUGGCUGUUCAACGAUUCUUUUCUGACAAAAGAAGAUGCAAGAGCAUUUUUAGUUUUUUACCCCUUGCACAUGCACUGCUGACUUCCCCCAUUGUUCUUCUGACAAAGGAACAUGCCGCUUUAAGCAUAUUUUCCCUUCCUUCUCCCACUCCCAGAUCUGUCUCCGGAGCAGAUUCUAGAGCUUCCUGGUCCAUCUUGCAUGUUUUUUUUCCUUUGCUAAUGCCUUGCAAGUGCUUAUUUAUACAUGAUGGUUGUGGUUUCCCGGGCAGAGGCAGACCUAUGAAUCUUCUUGCAUGUUGACUUGCUGAACUGUUCCAUCCAGAGCUCUUCUCUAGUUAACAUCUUCAUUUUUCAGUGCCGCCGUCACAAAGAUCAGAUGUAUCUGGUGAAGGACAUCGGCGGAGCCAUCGGGCUGAUGGCGGCGGCCUUGGUGCUCCUCGGCACCUGGCCGGUCGUCCUCGCCGUGCUGGAGCGCCGGGGACGGCUGCCGCAGCACACGUACCUCGACUACUCCAUCACCAACUUCCUGGCCGCCGUGCUGAUCGCCCUCACAUUCGGCCAGAUCGGCGGCGACACGCCGGAGACGCCCAAUUUCCUCACUCAGCUCACCCAGCCGCAGGACUACUGGCCGUCCAUCAUGUUUGCGCUGGCGGGCGGCGUGGUGAUCACCCUCGGCACCGUGGCCACGCAGUACGGCUGGGCAUACGUCGGGCUUUCGGUCACCGAGGUCAUGGCCUCAAGUCUCAAGGUUGUCAUAGGGACGACACUGAACUAUUUUCUGGACGGCCGGAUCAACAGGGCGGAGGUUCUCUUCCCCGGCGUCGGAUGUUUUCUGAUUGCAGCGUGCCUAGGCUCACUUGUCCACUCCUCUAAUGCUGCUGACAACCAGGAGAAGCUAUCAAACUCCAGAAACUACUCUACUGGGAACACUGCAAAGGAAGAUCUCACCCAGCGCCUCCUUGAAGAAGAGGAACCAAAGGAUUGUGAAGAAGCAAAGCCCGCACUACCAAAGGCGGUGGAGAAAGUCGAGGCAGGAACAGCAGAUUUCCUUAUUGAUCUCGAGGACAAAAGAUCAAUCAAGACAUUUUCUGAACAACCAAAGAACACACAGUAUGUGUUUUCUUUUGCUGACGAUCGAGGAGAUGAACAUCUCACAGGUCCUCGGGUCCAACACGCUGGUGGGGCUGGCGAUCGUGACGUUCGCGGGGGUGUGCUACUCGCUGUUCGCGCCGGCGUUCAACCUGGCGACCAACGACCAGUGGCACACGCUGCGCGACGGCGUGCCGCACCUGGUGGUCUACACCGCCUACUUCUACUUCUGCCUCUCCUCGCUGGUCGUCGGCGUGGCGCUCAACGUGUGGUGCCUCUACCGCCCCGUGGCCGGCGUGCCGCGGUCGACGCUGCGGGCGUACCUCGCCGACGGGGAGGGGAGGGGGCUGGCGCUGCUGGCGGGGAUGGUGUCCGGGCUGGGCAACGCGUUCACGUUCAUGGCCGGGCAGGCGGCCGGGUACGCGGCGGCGGACUCCGUGCAGGCGCUGCCGCUGGUGAGCACGUUCUGGGGCGUGGUGCUGUUCGGGGAGUACCGGAGGUCGUCGAGGAGGACGUACACGCUGCUGGGGAGCAUGCUCUUCAUGUUCGUCGUCGCCAUGUCCGUGCUCAUGGCCUCCUCCGCGCACAGGAAGCCGCUCUGACGCAACCAACGCUGCUCAUGCAUGGCAUGGCGAUCGGGAGCUUGGGUAGCGACGGCAGAGAGGCUAGCAAGUUCUUCGAUGAGGACGGAUGUUGUGUAAACUUGGACGAGUGCGAUGCAUGCCACAUCUUACCGAUGGUUAGAAAAUUCAGGCACCGUAAUUAUAAGCAAAUGGUGUGGCUAUAUCUUAGUCGACUCAAUACUUAAUCAAGUCUCAAUUAAAUGACAUAACAUUAGAGAAAC